GUCGCGAAUCUGAACGUUCGCGUUUUUCGCUCGCCAUAUAAAAUUCCUAAUUGGUACAACAAAUCAUAUCUAAUUGACUGCCAUAUAGCAAUGGUUUACUUUACUCUUAGGUUUAUUGUAAUGUGAAGAUUUCUCAACUUAUUCCUGCAAGGGGUUGACAGUAAACUCAAGAAGCAUGUACUGGCCGUGGCUUCUGCUACUACUGGUAGCAGUCAGCACUGCAGAUAAGGCCUCUGACCCACAGGGCCUCCUAGAAUCUACACCAGAACCGGUAAUAAAUGAUGGCGAGAACACGGUGUACGUCGGCAGUUGGACCGAAUGCACUGCAGGGGACGGAGAUCACACCACCAAUAUUGAAAGGUUUAACAUGCGACUUGAGACCGACUCCCUGGUGCACACCCCGCGCCUCGGGCUGCAGAGGCGGCAGGUGCAGUGUCGGAAGAAAGAUGGCAGCUUCAUAGAGCCGCUAUAUUGCGGGAUAGCCAUAGCAAAUAUCGGCACGACCCGCGUCUGCGUGAUGAAGGAGGACUGCUCCUUGGCCGAAUGGUUGCCAUGGCGACCGCGGCCCGACGGCGCCCUCGUACGCACCCGCCGACUGAGGAGGCUGCCUCAAGGAGGGGGCAAGGAGUGCGAAGUGGUGGAGGAGGUCCGGCCCGCAGUGUUGGAGGCGAGCGCGCACUGGACGCCGGGGCCCUGGGGACCCUGUCGCGUUGCUGUGGAGCUGCCUGCCACCAGCGCACCAUCUGAGGAUGACGACGAUGAUGCUGACGACAACGAUGCGAUCUACGAUGAAGACGAUGAGACCGACGAAGCGGACAAAGACACAGAGUCGAGCUGUGGCGGCGGGGUACAGAGACGAGAGGCGACGUGCGUGCGGGCGGACGGUCGCGCGCUGCACCCGGCUCAGUGCGCUCAUGCGCAGAUGCCUACGCUAGUGCAGCCUUGCGAGGUGCCGUGUCCUCGUGAUUGUGAAGUAGGCGAGUGGAGCGAGUGGGGCGCAUGCCAGCCGACUGACGGGUGUCCGCUCUUCCCUGUGCAACAGUUGACAACUACAGGUUACAGCGUUCGUCGUCGUCGAGUCACAGCGGCCGCGUCAGGAGGCGGCGCCCCGUGCCCCCCGCUUGAGGAAAAGCGAACCUGUCCGACCCCCCGCUGCGCCGCCUGGAAGGCGUUGUCCUGGGGCCCCUGCGUACUGAACCAGCCCCACACCACGUGUGGACCGGGCAGACGUACUCGAGAACUGCGCUGUAUUGGACAUGAUGGAAAAGAAGCACAGCGUGCAUGGUGUGGCAACGGCGCUCCAGCAAGGAGUGAGAAAUGCCGUAUAGCUUGCGCUGGCGACUGCGUGGUCUCGUCUUGGGGCAGCUGGUCACCGUGCUCGGCGCCAUGCGUCUCACCAGGACACUCCAGACCUACUAAAACUAGACGCAGACACAUACUUGCUCACGCUGCACCGAACGGUUGGCCGUGCCCAGCGGAGGACCAGUUAAUCCAGAACGAGACGUGCAACACCCACGCAUGCUCCACCUUCUCCUGGCUGGCGACCCCCUGGGGGCCGUGCGAGAGACGGCGGCAAGACUACAUGCCCGCCACUAACUAUACGGAUUUAUUGGAUAGUGAAACAUUCAAUGAGAGCGACGACGACGAGCCGUGCAUUGAGGAAGGAGAGAUGAACAGAGACGUCAUGUGUGUGCAGAACAACGCGGAUGUGGUGCGCGAAUCACUAUGUGCUCCUCUCCGUCGACCAGCAUCUCGACGCGCCUGCACCGUGAGAUGUCGUCGAGGGUGUAGAGUAGAAGCCUGGAUGCCGUGGUCGCCGUGUCCCAACACUUGCGACCCAGGCAAACAAGUACGAGUUCGAUCAGUGCACGGCGGUCCCAACUGCGGCCCGCUCCAGGAAUCUCGCGACUGUCCUGUCGCGCGGUCGUGUCGCUCCCGUGACGCGACGUGGGUCGCCGGCGAGUGGAGCACGUGCCGACUACCGCCGGGACAGCAUUGUGGUGUGGGGUACAGGAUUAGAAGCUUAUGGUGUGGUUCUGACUCGCACCGCGUGGAGGCAGGCGCCUGCGCCGGCCAGCUAGUGCCGCCCAGCGUAGCGCCCUGCACCGUCACUUGUGACGUCAGCCCGCCGCUCACGUGUGACGUCAUCUGCACCGACCCUUUGAAGUUUUUGGAUGCCUCAGAUCCUGAUAUACCGUCGUGCAUUUGUAAAAACAUUACUCUAGAACUUCUGCCAGCGGAUUCUGACUGCAUUCUUCCACCUGGUAUUGAAUGCGGUGAAGGCAGAUCGUUGAGAGCUGCUCGGUGCUUGGUAGGAGGUCGCGACGUACCUAUGGAUGUCUGUAAAAAAUAUCAUCCUCUUACUGGCCCUCGCCGAGUUCGUGAGGCAGUAACUGAUGGAUUUACCUAUGACGAAGAAUUUGCGUCCCUUCUUCGAGGAACUUGCACAGUUCACUGUGCGAGGGACUGUGCAGUUGGCGCCUGGGCAUCUUGGGGACCAUGUGCUGCUGAACCUGGCUCCAGAGCUGCCUUCAGAUUUCGGACAAGGGAAGUGAUAGAAGAAGGCUCCGCGGGUGGGCGUGAGUGCGGCGCCACACUGCAGCGCGCCACGUGUCUGGUGCCGGAGCCGCGCUGGGCGCUGGGCGAGUGGACGGUGUGCGCGCCCCGACGCGCGCUGUGUGGACACGCCAUCAUUAACAGGACCGUUACGUGCAAAGACGCGGACGGGAAUAAGUUAGAAGAUGCGAUGUGCGAGGCGUCUGGGGCCGGCGCAGCGCCGUCCCGCGAGGCCACGUGUCGCGCGCCCUGCCCCGCCGACUGCGUCGUCAGCGCCUGGUCCGAGUGGAGUCCUUGUGAACAGACGAAAUGGGGCGGUCGUCGUGACAGGACCCGCGUGGUGCUGCGCGCGGCAGACGACGGCGGCGCUGCGUGCCCUCACCUGGUGGCGGCCGAGCCCUGCGCGCCGCACACCUACUCCUGGCACAUCGCGCCGUGGGAUGACUGCCAACCUUUGGGUGGCUCGCCAUGUGGUGAAGGAACUAAGAAGAGAUCUGUACGAUGCCUGCGUAGUGACGGAGUUUUUGUUAAUGAUUCCUAUUGUCCUAACGCCACAGCGUCUGAAGCCCGUGAGUCGUGGUGCUACGUGCCGUGCGGCGUGGACUGCGAAGUGGGCGAGUGGGGCGCCUGGGACGCGACCGCUUGCUCCUGUGGGGACGCCUCCACUGCGCGACACAUGCGACGCUUGAGACAACAUUUGACAGCGGCGGUGUGGCCCGGGCGAGCGUGUCCCACGACAGAACAACGCGCGCCGUGUCCCCGCGAGCCGUGCCUGCGACUCGUUGCUAGACCCCUGCUGGGAUGUCACGUACAGACUUCAUCAGGCGAAGAAGCUGACAACGCUUGCGGUUGGGGCGUGAAACUGUCUCACGCGCGCUGCGAACUCACCAGCAUUUCUGAUGAACCGACAUCUGAUGCCUACCUGGAGCCCUGGCGAUGUGCCUCCGCUUUACCUGGCCGUAUUGUUGCACCACCUCUACAUCACCAGGAGGACGAGGAGUGCGAGGCGGAGUGCGGCUGCAAGGAGUCGGAGCUGGGCCAGCCGGGCCCCUGGGGCUCCUGGGGCCCGUGCCGCGGCGGCGCGCGCUCGCGCACCCGCCAGCUGCUGGUCCCACCACGUCGUGCUUGCAGGACUUCUUCUAGAUACAUAACAAUCGAAUGGGCCAACUGCACCGGCGACGCAGACGAGAUCCCCGACCUGCUCGCCGUAGAACCUCGCGAGGACAAGCCGCGCCGCGCCUGGCUCGGCCGCGACAGAGAUCACGACGUGUAUCACGACGGAUACAUCGAGGGAACCAGUUCAUUGUUGGCAGUGGUGUGGACAGCGACUAUUUUCCUCAGCUUGUACGGUGUAUUCAUGCUUUACCGUAUUGUACUCAGGUGCUUACGAAGUAGGAAAAUGAAAUCUGUUACCAAAGUUUAAGACAACAAGACUUAAAGAAAUGGCUACAGCUUCUCCUGAUUGUGCGAUUUCGCAUGUUUCAGGUACAUCACGGAUUUAGUCUUCGUUACCUGUUUUGUUACCUGUUUUAAUAUUACAUUCCAUACUAUUGAGUUUAGAAGUUAUCUUAUUUUUGUUAUUUAUUCUUAGAGUGGUUUGUUAUUUUGGAUUUUAAUACAAUUUAUUAUUACCAGAUAUUAUGCGGUGUUUAACAUCGUUUUUUGUGAAUUUAACAUUACUUUCUAGUUACUCCCCCUGUGCGACUAAAAUAAUCAUCUUUUUAACUGUAACCGUAUCAUAUCAGAAAAUAGUUCUUAUCAAUAAAAUUAAAUGGUAUAACACUUACCAAUAUUCUGAUAAUAGGAACGUAAAAGCCAGCGAUCAGUCUGUCCGCAUGAGUGCUUCCAUGUUUUUACGACGUAUAUGAAUAUGCUAAUUUAGACGAUUUUUAUGACAUUUCCAUGCGAAAAUAGCCGCGACUCGAUGGGGCUUUACGGAUUGACAAUAUUACUAGCUCGAGCUACGGUAGUAGCUUUAGAAUUCGUCUUACUUAGCUUAGAAAUGAUCGAAAGUAUUAAUGUGGUGUUAAGGUGAACCUCCGAAUUUGAGAUUUAUAAUCUUUAUUUAUCCGAAAAUCUACAGUUAUUUUAGUAGGUAAUCGUGCUAACUGCGAUCAGUUAUGAGUUUAUUUUGCUAAAAUAUUUAAACAUCUCGGUCUAUUAAAUAAGUUUUACCAAAGAAUUAUAUUUUGAUAUGAAAAUAAAGCUAUUUUUAAGCUAAUCAAACUAUUUAAUGCACAAAAAUAGUCCUAGCUGUUUGUUUCAGUUAUAUUUUUUGUACAAAUUGAGUUAUAUUUUCUUAAAAGGAAAGAAAGAAUAAUCCGAGGAACUGUUUCGUAUAAGAUAUGCAAGACUAGUCAAUAGCGACCAAAACACAUCAUACAACAUAUCAGUGUUAAAUAUAAAUCAUCAUUGAGUAGGUCGUCACCUGAUAUAACUUCUCGCCCAUUGUCGACAUACCAAUGCUUACGAGGAUCAAGAACAACUUUAGGGCUUUGGCGCACAAAAUUAAUGUAACGAUAGAUAUAAGGCGCUAAUAUCCCCAUGGUAAUAUUUGGUCAUAAUCAUAUAUUAUUACACUUUUCGUAGAUUUUGCAUUUAAGCCCAUGUAUUGUGUCAAGUAUGUAUUAACGAUGUGAGUGUGUUCUUCGUGCUUACUUCUUUAAAGUUAAGGUGUUUUCAUUCUUUUUCUCAUUUUCAUGUUUCAUUCUAUCAUUUUCUUUCAUUUUAUCAUCAAUAUGAUAUACGUGAUGAUGAUUUAGAAAUACAAAAACGCUAUCUGCCUCUCGUUCGUUAUCAAUGUUUUUCAAUAAAUUCUAUUUUGUAUCUGAUAUUUAUCUACAUCUUGUUCCUUCACGACAAUAUGAAUUAAAAUUACUCAUAUCAACUUUACAAUUGUAUAACUGUAUUAUAAAAUUUUAGUUGUUAACGUUAACCUUAUACAUUUUGCUAUAUUUUAGUCAUUCUAUCCUGUUCGCUGUCAUCUGUACCUUUUGUCCUUGAAGUGUAUUAACCGUAUUAUAAUUAUUAUGCCAUUAUUAUAAUAAUAAUAUGAUAUUGAUGUGAAACAUGAUAGUUAAGGAAUCGUGUUAGACAAUACAAUAUUUGAUAUUUAAUAAAAUUUGAUUGUGUUUUAUAAAAA